AGCUCAAUUCCCCGUUAUCACUUCAUUUCAACACUGAACAAGAUACAACAAAUGUCAGAUUUGUUACGUUAGUAGCAGACCGUAGUUUCGUAGGCAAUGCUAAUCUUUCCCUGUGUCAAAAGCUUAUUUAAAUAUUUGUGUCAAGGCGCUUCAAAUCGGCGGGAAAUAAGCAGUGGAGCAGCCUUGCUAAUUAAAAAGUAGCUAGCUAACGUUUGUAAGUUAGCCUACAGAAGAUGGAAGCUAGCUCACCAGCUUGUUUUCAAACGAGGGAAAACCGUCGCUAGCUAACUUAGCUAAUGUUAAUAAAUAAGCCGGCUAGCAUCACAUGCCCCGCCGUAGUCCUGUCUGUUAGCUAGCCAACCUUACAGAAAAGCUUCAGCGAUGGAAGAAGUUGACAAUAUUUUGAUUCACGCCCUCAAACAAGUCGGCACAGAGGUGAGUGAGGAAAUGGGAGCUCCCCAUUUAGCACGGCUCAUAUGGAGGGGUGGGCCGAGUAUCCCGGGGCACGAUCCAGUCUGGGGGGCGCGCUGCCCCCCCUCCCUCCCCCCGGCCUGUCCCCCCCUUCAGAGUCGGCAUGACCUGGCACAGGCCUGUCAGGACAUCGGUUAUAAGGGAGAGAUCGGCUACCAGACCUUCCUGUACAGCAACGAGCCCGAGAUCCGGUCCCUGCUCAUGUUCCUGGUGGAGAAGCUGCCCAGAGAAAGUGCCGAGGCCUCAGACCAGCCAACGGGUAAAUCGGGGGUGCUCCAGAAAGCCAUCGCCGCUGCCAUCAAAGCCCAGCUGGCUGUGCCCUGGCUGCCUCCAAACUGCAGACUGCCACUGCACGGUGAAACACAAAGUUCAGGAGCACGGCACAGCUUCCACGUCCAGCCUCUCAGUUUACCGCACCGCACCAAAGGCUCAGGAAAGAAGCAGCUGAAAGAGCUGGAGGACUACCAGCGAGACAUUCUUCCUCCUGUGACCGCCCAGCCUUCCCAUCAUGCCUCUGUGGUGGCGUCCAUCCUGGAGCAGCACACUGCAGAGCUGAGCGCCGCGCAGGAGUGGGACAACGAGUGGAACACGCAGGGACUUCUGUCUCGCCUCACGCCACAGGACUACCGCUCCAGGAAAGUGGCCCGGCUGCGUAAACGCAUCGAGGAGCAGCUGCGUUCGGCGGCCCUGCCCUGUCCCGAAAGUGCCUUUGGCGGCCCUCGCUCCGCCUCCGACCUAUCGGAGCUGCUGCAGACCUUCAGAGGCUCCGCCCCCUCCGACCACAUCCUGACCAAGGGCACCCACUUCACCCACACGCAGAAGUUCGCCUUCACACAGGAGGCGGCAGCAGUAAGCGCCCCCCCCAUCCCCUCCAGCCACCAGUCGGAGAGUGACGUGCAGCUCCGGCAGCAGGAGGAGCAGGCGUCCCUCCAGCAGCAGUUCCAGCAGCUCUGCAGCGACGUGGACCAGCUGGCAGCAGACAUGAAGCACAUGAGUGUCACUAAUGCACAGGUGAUGGAUAUUAAAGCAAGAGAACUGGGCAACUCUAGAAAGGAACGAUGCAGCACGUUCAUUUUGCCCCCGGGGUCCCUGUUUUUUGUUUUUUUUCAUAUUCUGAACCCUUUCCUCCAUUUUCCUCAGCUGGAGUCGUCCAGGAAGCUUUCUGAAAUCAAGUCUCUGCACGACAAGAUCCGCGCGUCUACGGAGGAGGCCAAGAAGAAGGAAGACCUCCACCAACAGCUGGUGACGGAGCUAGAAAACCUUCCCCAGGACGCGUCUCGGUCCGCCUACACCCAGAGGAUCCUGGAGAUCGUCGGCAACAUCAAGAAACAGAAGGAGGAAAUCACAAAGAUCCUGUCGGACACCAAGGAGCUCCAGAAAGAAAUCAACAGUCUGACGGGGAAACUGGACCGGACCUUCGCUGUGACCGACGAGCUGGUCUUCAAGGACGCCAAAAAAGACGAAUCCGUCCGCAAAUCCUACAAGUACCUGGCGGCCCUGCAUGAAAACUGCAGUCAGCUGAUCCAAACCAUCGAAGACACCGGGACGAUCCUGAGAGAGAUUCGAGAUCUAGAGGAGCAGAUCGAGACAGAGAACAGCAGUAAGACGGUGGCGAACCUGGAGCGGAUUCUGGAGGACUACAAGGCCAUGAGACAGGAGAACUCGGCACUCGCCGCCAAAGUCCGAGAAGGCUGAAGGGGGUCAUGGUCCGGUCCGGUCCGCCUGCCGGGGCAAAGGUUAUGGGAAAAAACCUGGAGCCCUACAAACCCAAAUGGGACUAAAACAGCACUCCGAUGAUAAAGAGACUUAAGAAAAAGGGCGAGCUAAUUGUUUUUUUCUUUUUGGGAACCACGGAGCUAACCCGGCAUUUAAAUGCACAAUUCGUACGGAUGUACGAAGAUGACAAUUAGUGUCUUUUUAAUUUACAAACUGAUUUCCGUGGCUAGUCGUGCUCUCCGGGGGUCCCGUGCACCGGUGCCGUCGCCGUCGGACCUUUUACAGCUGAAAUGUAAAGUCGUUCAUAUUGAUGUACAAAAACAUAAGAUUUUUCAUAAGGUAUCUUGGAUAACAUCAUAUCUUUCACUGGGAAUUUUUAAUACAGGAGUCUUUCGGGCGUUUUCAGACGUUAGCGGUUGCUCGGCCGACGUGAUUAGACUCAAACUGAAUAUGUUGAGUGAUCGGCGUUUGAAUGUAGUCUUAUUAAUAACGCUGUUCGGAGGAUUGUUGUACAUACGGUAUGGUGCCGACUUGAAUAAAGAUGCCUUACAAACU